UACGCGAGGACUGCCGGCGGGCGUAUAAAGGAUACAGCCAACGAACGCAGCCCUCGACUCCCCGCCGAUCUCCAAUUAUCUGAGUGAGUCUUCGAGGAGUUGGAUGUCUGAGAGUCAUCUCUCUUUUCCUCAAAUCCUGCUCCUCUGACGUAUCUGUGCUGCUGCUGCUGCUGCUAGGUCAACAGAGAGCAAGCCCAUGGCUGGCUGAAUUGCUGUCCACUCUCUUCACGCUGAACCGAUAUAACUACUCCGUACAGGCAGGUCCACUUUUAUGGUGAACACGAUCACUUCAUUAUUUACAGUCGAGAAUCGUCCGCAGAGACAGCCAUGGUCCAUUCCAUCCGAUUCAAGUCCGGUACCCGGAAGGUGUCUCCUCCCAACCCGACCUUCAUGGACGACGACCAGCUCGCCCACUACCUCAAGGACCUUCGAAACAACCGCCCUCCCCGCCCAAUUGGCUCCCGCCCGCUCCCUACGAAAGACACGGCUCUCUUAGGAUCUCCGCAGAACAAUGACCUGCCGCCUAGAGCGUCCUCUGCCCUCUCAAUGUCCAGGCCAGCGGACCCCUCCGGCCCGGCCACCGGCGAUCUCUUUCCGCGUUCUUCCAGCGCUCUGUCCCACCGUCGAUAUAUGUCCGAACUUCUCCAGCAGAACGAACCUGGAGAAUACACAAGUAUCCCGGAGGAAACGGUGGAUGAGACCCCCAGGAAUACGUCGUCUACACCGAUAGUGUCGUCACCAAAUGCUCAGUACCGAGAGAGCGGCCACAGAUGGGUCGAAAAACAGGCAGCACGCUCGCUGCGAAACGCACUGGAAGAAAUGGACCUCCAAGAUGAGGAACAACGUCUGUACGACGCAGCACACGAGGAAGCUGUGGACUUGGUCUUGCAGCACCAGAAGUAUGGAUUCCAGGAACAGAAUCAACAUGCCCCCUACCGCAACCCUGACGUUGCGAAUCGUUUUCUACGAUAUUCUGAAAGGGGAGGCCAUUUUAGAAGCCAUAGCUCUGCAAUUUCGAGAUCUGGACGAGACCUCUCUGAGUCUGACAGUUCUGGUGGAAGCAACUCCGCUAAUUCCCAUAGAAUCUCAUUUCCAGCAGGAGUUCAUGGGACAAGGCCCCAAACUCACCACGAUAAUUCUACUUUCAGAGUUAAAAAGAAUUCAUCUCUGAGGCGGACUUCAAAAGUAAAUUUUUCUUUGCCGGAAGAUGACAUGCAGCAGGCUCCCCACCCCCAGCUAUCGCGAAUUUCUAACAGCGAUUCUUCAAAGGGGCUGUUUAGAAACCCAGAAGACCAGAUCUACGAGGAGCCCGAAGAUCCGAGCUCCAAGGCUGAGGCAGCGACCGAUAAAUUUAUACCCUCUGCUCUUAGGGUGAAGGCUCGAAACUCGCUCCCACGCGGUGCACGAUCCCUUCCUCGGCAGGCUAAUAAUAGAGCCGGUAGCGAGAAGAAACUGUCCAUUUUUGAUAUUCACAAAAAUCCUCCCACUCAGUCCAAAAAUCCUUUUUACAAGGCCAACAAUUUCUCUACGACUGCCAACUCCACAAAAGAGCAGGAAACUUCGCCUACAAAAGACGGGAUCGAGAUACGUAGUGAGGAGAUUCGUGCUGCAACCAGCAUGAGGCUCAAGGACAGGAGUUCCAGACUCCCUAUGCCAUCAGCUGUCAGUGAUCGGCCUGGCCGUCCCAUUGUGAGUUUUGAUCCUGACUGGAAAGCUCCAGAAGAGGAAGCCUACGCCAAUUCGAGAGGCGCCCGACAAGGCUUCGGACAAUCGUCAUCGCGGCCGUCGAUUGAGAAUACCUCUACUCCACACAAAGAUCUAGCACCUACAAUCAAUGUGAGCGAGGCCCCAAGCGUUCCCUCAAUCAGUGUUGAAUGCGAAGACUCCACGCCGCCGUCUAUCCUUGUAUCAGAACUAGGUCCUCCCAUUUCUUCAAUGCCACCUCAAAAUGAGCCAAAGCGACGAGAACUCCCUGACCCCAAAAAGUAUGCAGCCGAACAACGCAGCAAGAAGGCAGCGGCAUUGUCCAAAAGCCGCUUUAGCCAUAUUACUCCUACCAGUAUCAAUUUCCCCACCGCGGCCUGUGCUGCCUGCGGCCUGCCAAUUUCCGGACGGAUAGUGACUGCGUGUGAUCACCGGCUCCAUCCUGAAUGCUUCACAUGCUACCACUGCAGCACCGCGCUCGAAUGCGUUGCUUUUUACCAAGAACCCGAGUCCAGCCGUGCGGAGCGCCUCGCCGAUUCACACGAAGACGAUCAAGAAAUGAACUACCCCCGAUUUUAUUGCCAUCUCGACUUCCACGAACUGUUCUCCCCGCGCUGCAAAAGUUGCAAGACCCCCAUCGAGGGAGAGGUAAUCGUUGCAUGUGGCGCCGAAUGGCAUGUGGGCCAUUUCUUCUGUGCUGAGUGCGGUGACCCGUUCACGCCUGAGACGCCGUUUGUCGAGAAAGAAGGGUAUGCGUGGUGCGUACGCUGCCACUCGCGCCGGACGGCGGACAAGUGUCGUGCAUGCAAGCUGCCGGUGGUAGAGGAUGUGGUGGUUACUGCACUUGGUGGUCAAUGGCAUGAGAAGUGCUUUGUAUGUUGUGAGUGCGGCGGGGGGUUUGGGCCCGAGGGAAGGUUUUUCGCUCGGCAGGGAAAACCGAGAGUCACAGCGAAGGGAAGGCAAAUCGGGGGACCUGUGGAGACAGCGGCUUGUGAAAGCUGUGAAGCGAGGAGGUUGAAGGCCUGAACGUUUUGGGACUUGGUGAAAUGAAUGGUAUAUAUAAUUUCUUUUUAUCGUGUUUCGCAUUGAAAGAGGCUGGAUCCCCCUGAGUGGUGUAUAGAAGCUUAGUU